AUGCCGCAACCACCAUCUUUCCGUUCCAAUGCCGCCGCGACUCUAGCUGGAUACCGCGCCGGCCAGGUCAAUUCACGCGAUGCGACUGCUCAAAGGCCCGCCGCAGCCCAAGAUGCGCUCGCCCCCAUCGAGCGCGCAGCCCGCACAGUCAACGUAGCCCUCCAGAGCGAGGCCCAGUACCCGGCCCUCGACAACUACGUUGGCCAGGGCAUCUCGAACGACUAUGACACCACCUUCAACAACGCCUGGCAACCCUUCCAGCGCACUCGCAGCUAUGACAUCCCCGAGCAAAUCUUCGAGCAAGCAAACAUGGCCCAGGUCUCGACACACCUGGGUCUGUUCGCCGAGCUAAAUCACGCUUUCAUUGUCAUCGACUCGUCGCUAUAUCUCUGGGAUUACACACAUCCCAACCCCGAGCUCAUUGGCUUCGAGGACCAGACCAAUGCCAUAACAGCCGUCAAGCUGGUCAAGCCGCGCAAGGGCGUCUUCAUCGAAUCCAUCACACACUUGCUGGUUGUCGCAACCCAUGCUGAAAUCCUGCUCAUCGGUCUGGCAGCUGCGAAAUCUGCCCAUGGUGGAUGGGCCGUCCAGCUUUACUCGACCAACAUGAAGGUGCCCGUCAAGGGUACCUCGAUCAGCUACAUCGAGUCCUCGGACAAGACUGGUCGCAUUUUCUUUGGUGGAAAUCAGGCUACCGAUGUGUGGGAACUCACCUACCAGCAAGAGGAACGCUGGUUCGCCAGCCGAUGCUCCAAGAUCAACCACACAAACUCGACCAUGACGUCUGCUUUCCAGUUGUUGCCUUUCGGUGCUCGCUCGGAGCAGGAGCACAUCAAGCAGAUGGUGGUGGACGAUUCGCGCGAUUUGCUUUACACCCUGUCCUCAGCUUCGACCAUUCGUGUCUACCACAUGAAGCCAAACAACGUCCUCGACCUGGCCUUGUCACGUCCCUUCACCAGCCUGCUGGCCCAGAUCGCUCAUAUGGUUCCCAGUUCUGAUCUCCUUGCGCGCAACACUACUCUUGUCUCCAUCAGCCCCAUCUCCGCUCAGGAGACUAACAGACUCAGUCUCCAGGCUCUUACCAGCACUGGCUGUCGUAUUUUCCUUAGUGCCACCUCGGGCGCCUUCUACGGCAGCUCCUCCUCUUCCGCCCCAACCAGCAUGCAGGUCCACCAUAUCAAAUUUCCUCCCAAGGACGGCGAAACCGCUCCUCCUCAGCCUCAACAACCCCAGUCAAACUCCGCUUCGCUCGGACCGUAUUCUGCCAGCCCUGCAACCAAUCCUUCAACCCUGGAUACCAGCACUCGCUUCCUUGCCAACACAAAGGCCGGCGUUAGAUAUGCCCCUGGUUACUCAUGUUGGGUCGUGCCAAACCCGCAAGAUCCUCACAGAGACUCCAUCUUCAUCACCGCUCCCGACUCUGGUCGCAUCAAGAUGCCGCGUGACGCCAGCCAUGCUACUCUGUUCCCCGAAAUCGGCAUGUUUCUGGAACUUCCUUACCCUUCUCAAGGCAUUGGUCUGGUCAGCCCUUCUUUCGCUGCAGCCUCUACACCUCUGGGUUUCGCCAACGAACUCGCUGUUCAGUUCGACCAGGCUCCUACCGAGAUUGCUGUGCUCACCAGUACCGGUGUACAAAUCAUGCGCCGCCGCAGACUGGUAGAUAUCUUUGCUUCCCUUGCUCGCUACGGUGGUGAUGCAGAAGGUCGCGAUGGUCAGGUGAAGAAAUUCAUUCGAAACUAUGGCCGUACUGAGACCGCUGCCACCGCUCUCGCUGUCGCUUGUGGUGAAGCUUCUGAUGGCAACGCCGAUGCUCGUAUCACAAACAUCACAGAACCAGACAUUGUAGAUUUUGCAAGAGAAUCCUUCGUCACUCAAGGAGGAAAGCCUAUGCUCAACGAGAACUCUGUCUUGGACAACAACACUCCUGCCAUUGACAACGUGCGUCCCUCCCCUAGACACGACGGCAUGGCGUUGUACAUUACUCGAUUGGUGCGAUCCAUCUGGAGAGCUCCAGUUCUGACACAACUGGUCACUCCUCAAGGUGGACUCGUGGUCACAUCGACUGUAGCACUCACCAAGCUACAAAACAUUCAACGCGCUCUGAACUCGUUACAAGAGUUCCUGAACAAGAACAAGAGUACCAUCGAAGGCUUGUCUGGACCCGAAUCUCUGGGACGCGUUGCCAACAAGCAAGACGAACUCUCUCUGCAAGGCGAACACCGUGCGAUGAACGCUCUGAUUCAGCUCAUUUCGAGCAUUAUCGAAGGCAUCGCUUUCGUGCUCGUACUCUUCGACGAGAAGGUUGAUGAGAUCAUCUUGUCCCUCCCCGAAGCAUCUCGCGCGCGUGCCAGGCAACUUACCUAUGAGGGUCUGUUCUGCUCACCUGAUGGCAGAAACUUGGCCAAGGAGCUUGUCAAGGCAAUUGUGAACCGCAACAUCGUCAACGGGUCGAACGUUGACACAGUAGCAGAAGCUUUGAGAAGACGCUGUGGCAGUUUCUGCAGCGCCGAUGAUGUUGUCAUCUUCAAGGCUCAGGAGCAGGUCAAGAGAGCAUCAGAGGCCGGUCCUACAUCCGAGGCAAGUCGCAGACUGUUAAAUGAGAGUUUGCGACUAUUCCAAAAGGUGGCUGGGUCGCUGUCGAUGGAGCACCUCGAGUGGGCUGUCUCACAAUACAUUCCCAUGUCCUUCUAUGCUGGUGCCAUACAGCUUGCUUUGACUGUCGCACACGAGUCUGAUCGUGCAAACCGUGCCCUCUCAUGGCUGAGGGACGACUGUCCCGAAGACGACCCGCGACAGAAGGCCUUCGAAGGCAGAAAACAAUGCUACGAUCUUAUCCAUCAAGUGAUAGUGUCUCUUGAGCAGUCAUCUGAGGCAAACCCUGAUGGCGCCUUCUCCACUACCGCCAAGAGACAAUCCGAGGCAUAUGAAAUCAUCAACAACUCCGAUGAUGAAGUCUUCCAGAACAAUCUUUACGACUGGUACAUGGGUCAAGGGUGGAAUGAUAGGCUUCUGGAGAUCAGCUCGCCAUAUGUCAUCAGCUACCUCCGCCGACGUAUGGACAAAAACCCUGACCAUGCGGACCUGCUCUGGCGUUACUACGCACACCACAACAACUUCCUCGAAGCUGCUUCAGUACAACUGCUGCUUGCCAAGAGCGGCUUCGACCUCAACCUCGAGCAACGUAUUGGUUACCUCAGCCGUGCCAGAACCAACGCCUCUAUUCGCACUGUCUCUCUGCUUGACGCUGCACAAGGCAGACAGCAGCUUCUGCGCGAGAUCACCGACCUCCUGGAAGUGGGCAACAUCCAAGACGACAUCCUACAACGUAUGAAGUCAGACCCUCGUCUAACAGAACAACGCCGACCUCAAGUAUUGAAGGCACUCGAUGGUCAGAUUCUCGAGGUUGCCGAGUUGUUCAACCAGUAUGCCGACCAGGCAGGCUACUACGAUAUUUGCAUUCUCAUCUACCACUGCGCCGACCACCGCAACCCUGCAGAUAUCCAGGCAACUUGGCAGCUACUCAUCGAGCAAGUCCACCAAGAAGCAGAAAGCAGUGACCGAAUGAGAGCAUUCGAAUCAGUAGCACUGAAGGUGCGCUCAUUAGGUCAACGUCUGCACACUGCAGAGGCCACUUUCCCCAUUCCUAUCCUCCUUCCGAUGCUCCUCCGCUACGCACUCGAGUACCAGGCCAAUGCCGCCUCACCAAUGUGGGUCAUGGAUACCUUCCUCGAGCUCGACAUCCGCCCCUCAGCACUGGUGCCUGUCGUUGAGCAGAUGUACUACACCAACGAGCAACCUUUUGUGGGCAGACAUCGCCGCAUCCUCGCCGCCGAUCUCAUCUACCUGAUCCAAGCGUGGCUGCGCGAGAGCGAACGUCACGGCGACAGCGUGCUCUUCGGCAGCGAAGAAAAUGCAGCCGGUAUCGACGAACUCCUUACUGGUCUUGCCGGAAGCCAAGACCUAGAUCCGGAAAAGCAGCAGGCAGUGGACACACUGAGAGGCAGAAUCGCUCAGGCCAUGCGAUAA